CUGUAACGAAAUUGGAGUUUGUCGGUUACUUGACGCAUCUUCACUUGUCUACGUCUUCCCACUCGGUUACACUUCAUCUGGACCAGAUCUAUCUCUCUCCGUUGCCUUUCAUGGAUUCCUCCACGGUUGCCAUAUUCUUGCUACUCGUUGUUAGGGUUUUAUGCAUUGAAGCUUCGGUUCAUGAGUACGCCGGAGACAAAUUCACCAGAAAGGGAAAUGCAUUUGUACUUCAUGGAGGUAGUGAAGGAAUUUAUUAUUCUCGUCCUAACCUCCAUCAAUCUUCCGCCACCGCCAAUGGCGAUGCUUAUAUUCGUAUUGAGAGAAUCAUAUUCCGAAGGCCUCAAGUGGUCUCAAACUUCAGCACAGGCUUGAUCUAUGCUGUUCUUUUUGACGUGGAUGAUCGAGAGACAAUUGGUGGCUCAGCCUAUGGAGGCCAAAGAGCUAUCUGCUGUACUGCAGAUCUAGCAAAAUUGGGUGCAUGCAAGGAAGGGGAAGUUAUUCACCGCCAAUCUUUAAAGAAUCCUGGUUGGCCUGAAGUGUUUGGCGUCUCAUUUGAUGUCAAUGAGGAAACUUCCACUAUGCAACCAAGGUCUAUUGAGAUUACAAGAACUGGGAUGUAUAAUCUGUAUUUCAUGCAUUGUGAGCCAAGACUAAAUGAUAUGAUCAUAGAGGGGAAAACUGUAUGGAAAAAUCCUACUGGUUACCUGCCGGGUAGAAUGGCACCACUUUCAAAAUUCUAUGGGUUCAUGUCAUUUGCAUUUCUAAUACUUGGGAGCUUUUGGUUUUCUCAGUAUGCAAGGUUCUGGAAAGAGGUUCUUCAAUUGCAGAAUUGUAUAACAUUAGUUAUAACACUGGGCAUGUUUGAGAUGGCCUUAUGGUAUUUUGAUUAUGCAGAAUUUAAUAAGAUUGGGAUACGACCAACAGGGAUUACUGUAUGGGCAGUCACCUUUGGCACAGUGAAACGAACAGUUUCACGCAUGAUCAUCCUUACCGUUUCUAUGGGAUAUGGUGUUGUAAGACCAACUCUUGGUGGUCUCACUUCAAAGGUUAUCAUGCUUGGAGCAACCUUCUUUACUGCAUCAGAAGUGCUUGAACUAGCAGAACAUGCUGGUGCCAUCAGUGAUCUUUCAGGAAAGGCAAUGUUGUUUCUAUCUCUUCCUGUAGCAAUCUUGGAUGCUUUCUUUCUUCUUUGGAUCUUCACCUCUCUUUCUUCAACUUUGAAUAAGCUUCAGGCUAAGCGAAUGAUGGCGAAGCUAGAUAUUUACAGGAAGUUCACAAAUGCUUUGGCUGUUGCUGUCAUUGUGUCUGUAGGCUGGAUAUGCUAUGAGCUUUAUUUCAAGGCAACCGAUAUAUACAAUGAGCAGUGGCAAAAUGCUUGGAUCAUCCCUGCAUUCUGGCAGGUUUUAUCGUUCUCUCUUCUCUGUGUCAUCUGUGCUCUUUGGGCGCCUUCUCAAAACUCAAUGCGAUAUGCGUAUUCUGAUGACGGAAGUGAAGAGUUUGAGGAUGGUGAUAUUUCGAUGUUGAUGAAACUAUCCCCUCUUCCCACAAAAGACGUUGGCAGUCCGACUGAAGUAAGAUCAUCUGGUAGCGAAGAUGGAACGUUGGGUGGAGAUUUGGAAGAAGAUAAAACAGAGUAAACUAUAAACCAGGUAUUAUUUGGCUUUUCUUUCACUUGCAAAAUUUCCUAAUCUUAUUCCUGAAUAGAAUCAGCUUCAUCUUCAGACCCUCUAGGGGACACUAGCAUCAACUAGAUGUUUUUAGUAUUUGCAUCCUGGAUCUUUUAUUCAACUUGUAGAUUUUAGGCUAUAAGAUUGUUCAUUUUCCUCAAUUUAUUUAAAAAUAUAUAAAAAUUUAGAUUGGUAAGAUUGAGAAAUUGGAUAAAUGAGUUUUGCCUUGUUC